AUGAAACUAUUGAUUUUGUUUUUUUUAAUAGAGUUCUCCAAAUUAUCUCAAUUACCAGCUCCUGAUGCUAAUGCAAAAUGUUCUUAAAAUGAUCUUUAUAUUUAAAAAAAAGCAUUUAAUAUAAGGGGAUAUUACAAUGAUGUAGCUUCGUCAUUUAAUGGAGCACUACUUCAAUAAUCAGAAAGAAUAACUAUUUUUCGGACCCCUGGUAUUGACAACAAUCCUUUAAGAAAUUUACUCUACUACUAUCCUUCAGAUCCAAAACUUCAUUAAGGGCAUGCUUUUGCCAUAAUUGGUGAAUCAAUAAUAGUGAAAUUUUAAUAAGCAUAUGAAAUCAAUACUGUAAGGUUUUGGAUGUUGGAUGUUGAUGGUAGAGUAACAGACUUGCAAGUAUUAGCAAUAGCAGCUGAUAGGAAGACUGAAAAAGUCAUUUAUGAUGGUCUUGCUCCUAAUUUAAAUAUUGUAAGAUUUUCUGAUUAAUCAGUAUCUGGAUUGAAAUUUUAUAAUAGAGGAGGGGAGAGUAUACACCAUUUAUAUAUGUCGAUCAUCAAAAUAUAAGCAUUCUAUGCUUUUUGA